AUGAGUCCUUCCGCUUCCACACCUUCCACUCAGGAAGAGCGCUUGUCUUCCAUGCUAUCUGGGCCCAACUUUAGCGUUUCUUCGUACCUUAAUAUAGCGUUGAACAGUGGGGGCAACCCCGAAGAAUUGCAACGACGCAUGGCCGAACUGGCACUGCAACUCCAACUGCAGACUCAGGCAUGCCACGAAGACAUUGGACGAAUUGGGGCCGAACUCCAGGCCAUUAUGCCUCGGUGUGCGGCGGACGUUAGUCGAUUGGGAGUGGGACUGCAAGGAAUGAAGGUAGAUGCCCAAAAUCUCCUCGAUACUACCACGGUGAAUAAUCAAGAGGGAGAAGCACUAUCGGGAUCUUUGGAGACUCUGUCUACUUUGCAUGCGUUGCAAGCCAACUUGUCUAAAACAAAGGAUAUUUUAACGGCAGCAGCUACUUGGGAUUCUACUAUUGCUAGUAUUUCGCCUCUCUUGGCCGAACAGAAUUUGAAUGAUGCGGUGGACGCCCUGGCUCAAUUGGAACAUGGGGAACGUGCCUUGCAGGGAAUGCCCCAAAAGGAGGAACGUCAAGCGGCGAUUGCCAAGAUUCGUACCCAAGUUCAAGUCAUGUUGCAACCCCAACUCAAUCAUGCCUUGCAAAAUAUGAGUUCUCGUUUGGGACCUUUGCAACAAUGUGUGGCUUUGUAUUCCAAACUAGACAAGAUGGAUUCCUUGCAAGAAGAAUACGUCAAGAACCGUCCAAGCGAGAUUCACAAGGCAUGGUUUGGAUUUUCUCCUGCUAUGGAUACGGGAUCGAUAGAAUCCUCCAAUGGAACUGACUCAGGAUUCAGUACCUGGUUGCCAUCUUGGUACGAGAAGGUCCUUUCGUUGCUGACAGAAGAACGACGACAGUCGUCCACGGUAUUUGGUGCAGAAAUGGCACCCGAAGUCUUGGUAUUGGUAUUGAAAGAAUGCUUCCGACCCAUUCUUCCAUCCUUUGAAAGUCGGUUGAAGAGUACUUGCUCCCCUGAUCCUUACGCCAUGAAGGGAGGGGCUUUUGAAUCCAUUUGCACUGCCUACGAAUCCACGUUGCGAUUCCUAUCGCUUGCCUACGAACUCAUUGCCGCUGCCUCUUUGGAUGUGGCCGAAUCAGGUAACCAAACCACAAAUGGGGCUGGACUAUUUGUGGAUAUCAAGGAGGUCUCUCUACAAGUUGCUGCUCCUUUUGCCAAAUACAUGCAAUCCUUUGAUGAACUAGAGGCAAAGCAUUCUCAAAUGGCAACCAAACUUGUGUCCAAGGACAUUCAACAGUGCGUUGGCAAUGUGUCGGUCAACAGUGGACUGGAAGCCCUGCAAGAUGCCACUGAGCGUCUCAAGGGAUUGGCACCCUUUAUUUUCCCUCUGGCCAAUGGUGCGCUGGAUCGCUUCGAACUCAUGAACGGUGGAUUUCUGGUCGGCCAAGCCUUGGCGGCGGUGGACAAGAUUUUGACUGAUCACGUCGGAGAGAUGGUCAUUUCCAUCCGCACCUUGUCGGCGGCGAUGACCUCCGACAAUGACAAGCUGGCGGAUCUUUUCGACGAACAAUACGUCCUUUGCGCCAUGGAACUCUUGAAAAUUGCAGGAAAGUUCAAGCGCGAUUUGGGUAGCUUUGAAGAGGGAACUCGGAAGCGUUUGUCCAUCAUCGCGGGAAGACUCGAAGACCAUUCCAAACUCAAGUUGGAAGUAGAAGAAGCCAAAAUGAGUCGAACGAAAAAGGCAUCAGCCUUUACACUGCCGGACUCGUUGUCAGUGGUCGAAAUCGAUGCGGUCCUGUCAGAAGAGUUCUGUGGGGAUCAAGAAAAUCCCGAUGAAGGGACAAUUGCGGCUGUCUCGAUGCUCAAACGCCUCUCGACUGUUCCAGAGGACGACCAAUCAGUUUUGUAUCCCAAAACGGAAGAUUCCAUUCAACGGCUUGCUAAUAGUUGCCAUUCGUUCAUUUUUUAUGUGUGCUCAUCGGUGCCCAAGAAGCAACUCCGAGGCAUGUCCGAUAUGCCCGCUUGGUCGGAAAUGUCAGAAGCCAACCCCAUGGAUUCCUACGGAACACUUCCCCAACAAUAUGUCACAUUGAUUGGAGAGCACAUGUUGGCAUUGGUCCAAGCCUUUGAACCAUUUGCUGACGAUCCAGAGACACUCUCACUGGCAAAUGAAGUGAUGGGCAAGGUCCGAGACGUGGCGGUGCAGCCAUGGGACGAAUUUGUGGCUACGGCUGGAGUGAUUAGUUCUUCCGAGUCAAUUAUCAAUACGUUGAUGGUCGGAACUGACAUUACCGGCUUAGUCUUGCAAAACUCAGCGUUAACAGAAGAGGAUGCUGCCUUUGAAGAGGGAAUCAGCGAUGCCGAAAAGGCGAGCGCCAUAUUCUGCAACGUGUGGUUGGAUGCAAUUGGUUUGGCGGUGACUGGAAAGAUGCUGGAGAAGAUUAUGAGAUUCUCGCAACUGACGCCCAAGGGAUGCGAGCACCUGUCAGCAGACUUUAACUACCUCAUCAAUGUCUUUUCAGCGCUGGGCGUUGCUGGGCACCCACAUCCUUUCAUUAGCCACAUUGCAGCGUUGGUCAUGUUGAGUGACAGUGAGCUGAAGGAACAAAUUGAUUCUCGAAACCGUGGCGAUCCUAUCGAAGGAGCAUUGCGAGCCGUAGAAGUUAGAAUUGCUCUCUUGCGGGGCAUUUCGGUGGACUAG